UUCGAUUUCCAUCAUCAUGAGCACAUCAUCGACGCGAGUCCCGAAGAAGCGGACUCUUGCUGAAGACUACGGCGGCGGCGUUGACGAGGACCUCCAGGCGUAUGUAGAUGACGACAACGAUCCCACACAGUCGUCUGACGCCGUGAUGGCGAGUAACAAGCUCAGUCAGCGCAUCCAGAAGCGAUUGACUACGCUCGAGAGCGAUUCCGGCAACUCGCAAUACCAAGACUUUUCGUCGUUGAAAAUGAAGAACGAUCACGCGUCUCGUCCGGUGUGGGUGUGUCCCAAUGGUCGCAUCUUCCUCGAAGCAUUCAGUCCGCUGUACAAACAAGCAUACGACUUUCUCGUCGCGAUCUCGGAACCUGUGUCUCGUCCCGAGUUUCUGCAUGAAUACAAGCUCACACCGUACUCCCUGUAUGCCGCCGUGUCCGUGUCGAUUGAGACCGAAAGCAUCGUCAAGGUGUUGGAGCGAUUGAGUAAGAACCACUUGCCGCUCGUGAUUGUCCAAUUCAUCAAGGAAUGCACGGCCAGUUAUGGCAAGGCCAAGUUGGUGCUGCAUCACAACGAAUACUAUGUCGAAUCGCUGUACCCCAAAGUGCUCAAGCGUCUUCUCGAAGAGGAAUCCAUUCGACUGGCUCGCGUGAAAGAAGAUGUCCUGGGGGCAGGCGCGGCGUCGACGUACAACGCGACGGGUGAGUUUCUACAAAAGGAAAUCAGCGCGGAAGACCAAGCCAACAAGCAGUACGAGCAGCUUCUCAUGGAAGACUACGAUCAGACCGAGGAUCAGCAGCGCGCCAAGGCCGCGGCGGCCGCUACUACGGUGCAAACCGUGAGUUUCCGCAUUCGCAAGACUCAUGUCGAGCAAGUCAAGCGCGCAUGUCUCGACAUUGAUUUCCCGUUGAUGGAGGAGUACGACUUUCGCAACGACAAGUCUAUCCCGGACAUCGACAUGGAUUUGAAGCCCACGACGCGUAUCCGAGAGUAUCAGGAGAAGUCGCUCAGUAAAAUGUUUGGAAACGGCCGCGCACGUUCAGGCAUUAUUGUGCUUCCGUGCGGCGCCGGCAAGACCUUGACAGGGGUCACGGCGGCGUCGACGAUCAAAAAGUCAUGUUUGUGUCUGUGUACGUCGGCCGUGUCGGUGGAGCAGUGGACGGCGCAAUUUAAAAUGUGGACGUCCAUUCCAGAGAAGAAAAUUGCACGCUUUACGAGUGUGGCAAAAGACUACAUCGACCCCGUGUCGGGCGUGAUUGUGACGACGUACACCAUGGUUGCGUUCGGGGGAAACCGCGCGGCGCAGUCGGCGGCCGUGAUGGACAUCAUCCAGAGCCGCGAAUGGGGAUGCAUCUUGCUAGACGAAGUGCACGUCGUGCCUGCCAAGAUGUUUCGCAAGGUCAUCGGGUCCAUUGCGUGCCACUGCAAGCUCGGACUCACCGCGACCCUCGUUCGCGAAGACGACUUGAUUGGGGACUUGAACUUUCUCAUCGGCCCCAAGCUGUACGAGGCCAACUGGAUGGACCUGACGCAAUCGGGGUUCUUGGCCAACGUUUCAUGUGUCGAAGUGUGGUGCCCCAUGACUGGCCCCUUUUAUGCUGAGUACUUGAAGGAAAACGUGAGUGCACGCAAACGGGCGCUGCUGUACGUGGCCAACCCCAACAAGUUUUCGGCCGCCGAGUAUUUGAUCAAGUACCACGAAGACCGCGGCGAUAAGAUCCUGCUCUUUUCAGACGAUGUGUUUGCGUUGCGACUGUAUGCAACCAAACUUCAAAAGGGGUUCAUUUACGGGGGCACGGGCGAACGCGAACGCAUGCGGCUGCUGCAGUCGUUCCGGUCCAGUCCCCAUGUGAAUGUCAUUUGCAUCUCAAAAGUCGGGGACACAUCCAUCGAUUUGCCCGAAGCAAACGUGAUCAUUCAAGUGAGUUCUCACUUUGGAUCGCGGCGGCAAGAAGCCCAGCGGUUGGGUCGUAUUUUGCGCCCCAAGGCUAACGCGACCGGUGGCUUUAACGCGUUUUUCUACACGUUAAUCUCCACCGACACACACGAAAUGUACUACUCGAACAAGCGCCAGCAGUACCUCGUGGACCAAGGGUACACGUUUAAAGUCGUGACGGAGCUGUACGACAAGGCUACGUUUGAAGUAUAUGUACAUAGGCGUAUUUACAAGCAAAGACUCGCAAAGUGAGUUGCUCGCAGAAGUGCUGGAGGCCCAAGACUUGGAAAAGUUUAUCGACGACGAGAACGCCGAGAUUUCAAAGAUUGGGGGCGACGAAGACCUGUCCCGGUUGUCUGGCAAGAAGAAGAAGACGACCAUGGGCGCCUUGUCCGGGGCAGAUGGGUCUAAGUACAUGGAGUACUCGACGGGACACGGGGCUAAGCAGCGCCACAAUUUGUUUCGAGAUCGGUACAAGUAGACAAAAAGUACUCGUUCCAGUGUACAGUAGUCGUACUUGGAGUAAAUCGAAUCGAUUGUUGGCUGUACAAAAUACCUCCUGGUAUGUAAAGCCUUUGUUGACAGACA